AUGGCAAAAGUUAAGGCUUACGAACUACAAGGCAAGUCCAAAGCCGAUUUGACCAAACAAUUGGACGAACUCAAAAAGGAACUUUUGCAAUUGCGUGUUCAAAAAGUUGCAGGUGCUUCUAGCAAGCUCACCCGUAUCAAUGGUGUCCGUAAGAGCAUCGCCCGUGUUUUGACAGUCAUCAACCAAAAGCAACGCAGCAACUUGCGUGAAUUCUACAAGAACAAGAAAUACUUGCCUCUUGAUUUGCGUGCCAAGAAGACCCGUGCUCUACGUCAAGCAUUGUCAAAGGAAGACCGCAAGCGUGUUACCGAACGUCAACACAAGAAGGAUGUUCACUUCAACCGUCGCAAGUACGUCUUGAAGGCUUAAGAGAAAGUGGUAGCAGCAGCGACACAAAACACUUUUGAUUCUUCCUCUUUUUUUGAUGCGUUCAAAAUCCAUACUUGUAUAACACGACAUUCAAAAAAUCUAUGGUUCUCCAUCCUAUGCGAAAUGGUUCUGUGUGGCGAUUGUUUCGACUGGGCUUGACUACAUAGAGAAUCUUGAUUGAUUCUAUAGAAUCGUCAUUCACCAUUCACGACCUUUCACUUUAUUCCCUCUGCACACAUCCUUACGCACACUUACACACUUGUAUACACCUGAAAAGGCAAGCAUGACAUAUAUUCGGCUAUAACAGAAUUCUGAUGAGUACAUGCAAC